CAGGCGCCGUAUAGCCAGGAUGGCGUUAUCUUCUCUUCCUAAAGGACGCUUCAACCUUGCUGCGACGCAUUGGUUUACUAGAAUUAAGGACGAGAUUAUCUAUGAAGAAUACACAGUACUUCGUUCCGGUAUGGAGUGCUUCGUGCACGCGAGAGCGAUUACUGGUGUUAGUUUACUCGUCUACGACGAAAACAGGACAGAGGACGUAGAGAUGUGGCAAGAGUUUUUGCAACUGACCAGUCGAUUAAAGCGCAGGUUGUACAUAUCAAUCGGACCUUGGAUUGUACAAAACAUACUAGCUAAUAGAAGCAUCUAUUUGACGGCCGUCGCUAGUAAUAAAGGCAAAGAACCUCCCGAGGAAGUUGGUUCGGACAAAGAAAAAUGUAGCAGGAUCGGAAAGGUCCAACAACAUCCCAUUCUUAUUCCAAGAAAAGGAUGGGACAGGCGUUUCUUCUAUGAAUCGACGAGAAGAGACGAAAAAUCUGCCAUGGACGCAAAUAGUGAGGAACGCAAAAAGGGAAAAGUAGUAGUAGCAGCAGAACAAGCACUAUUGGCAGAAGGAGGCGAAAAAUCUGCAUUAGAUACAACUGAACGGGAACGCAGAAAAGGAAAAGUUGUCGCCGAAGACAAACAACAAGCACUGUUGGCUGAAAGAGACGAAGCAGCUGCAAUGGACACAACUAAACGGGAACGCAGAAAAGGAAAAGUAGUCAGCAGAAGAACAACAAACAUUGUUGACUGAAAGGGAUGAAACAGCUGCAACAGACACAACUAAUUAGCUAAACGGGAACCCAAUCAGAAUGAAAGGAGUAAGAUGUCUUUAUACAGACAUUACAGAAAGAGAGAAUUAUAUUAAAAGACAAAAUUUUUGAAGAUAUUAACUGAUAUACUUUAGACCAUCAUCACUCAUUAUUGUUGUCACAACAGCAUUUGGUGAUGCAGUUUUGACAGCUUGAAAGACCUGGUACAUGUAUGGGCGAUCUUCCUUGCUGUGUAUUGCCCAAGCAAUUGUGUAGCUAAAAUGUCUUUACCUUGACCAUGAUCAUCUCUGAUCGUCCGGGUAAUAAGU